CUGAAGUAUAUGCCUCAUAACUGCCAUUGCCGACAAUUUGAAUGUUAGUAUUUUUUUCGGCCAAAAGAACCCGGUUUUAUCAAGAUAGCGUUGUUUUAAGUUACACGUGUGAUUUAUUUAUUUCCAAGAUGCAUAUAAAGUCUAUGGUAUUAGAAGGAUUUAAGUCCUACGGGAAAAGAAUCGAAAUAAAUGGUUUCGAUAAGGAGUUCAAUGCGAUUACGGGAUUUAAUGGUACCGGGAAAUCAAACAUUUUGGACGCUAUAUGCUUUGUUUUGGGCAUUACAAACUUAGGACAGGUACGUGCAGCAUCAUUGCAAGAUUUAGUAUAUAAAUGUGGACAAGCAGGUAUUAAUAAAGCUAGUGUUACCAUAACAUUUGAUAAUCGUGACAGAACUUCAUCACCUAUGGGAUAUGAACAUCACGAAGAGAUAACAAUUACAAGGCAAGUUGUAAUUGGUGGUAAAAACAAAUAUUUGAUCAAUGGAUCUAAUGUGACAAACAAACGUGCACAGGACUUGUUCUGUUCUGUUCAACUGAAUGUAAAUAACCCACACUUUUUGAUAAUGCAAGGAAGAAUUACUAAAGUUCUUAACAUGAAACCUGCAGAAAUUUUGUCUAUGAUAGAAGAAGCAGCAGGCACAAGAAUGUAUGAAAAUAAAAAGGAGGCUGCAUUGAAAACUAUUGAAAAGAAGGACAGUAAAUUAAAGGAGAUAAACAAUAUUUUAGAUGAAGAGAUAGGCCCAAAAUUAGAAAAACUUAAAGAAGAAAAAACACAGUAUGUGGAAUUUCAACGGAUAGAAAGAGAACUAGAAUACUGUAAAAAAAUUUGUAUUGCUUGGAAGUAUGUUGAAACUUUAAAUGAAAGCGAAAAAGCAGAAGGAAAUGUACAAGUUGUUAAAGACAAAAUAGAUAAACUAACACAAAGUAUUAUCGCUGGUGAAGAGGAAGUUAAGAAUAUUGACAAGGAAUGUGAAGAAAUAUCCAAGAAAAGAGAUGAGGAAGCAGGAGGUCAAUUGAAUAUGCUGCAGACAGAGCUACAAGAAGCAGAAAAGAAACAAUUUAAAUUAGCCGCCGAAGUUAACAGUAGUAAAGAAACCAUUAAAGCUGCUAAAAAGGAUAUAGUACAAUUGAAGGACAACGUUAAAGACGAUGAAAAUGUUUUUACAUCAAAGCAGAAAGAGUUUGCCAAAGUUGAAGAACUUUUUAAGAACUUAAAAGAAAUGGAUCAACAAGAUUCUAAUGCGCUAUUAAUUGCACAAGAGCAAUAUCAAAAAAUUAGUUCUGGUUUAUUACAAAGCAAAGAUGGAGAAAAUGCAACGUUAGAACAACAGUUGAUAACUGCUAAACAAAAUGCAACAGAAGCACAGACGCAAUGUAAGCAGUGUGAAAUGACAUUAAGUCAUAAGAGAACACAAUUAAAUAAGAAAAAGCAGGAUCUGAAAAAUACUGGGGAUGAGUAUAAAAAAUAUACAAAGGAUCUCGAGGAUAAAGAGAAAGAAGUAAAAAAUUUGGAAAAUGAGCUGAAGAAACUAAAUUAUCAAGAUGGAAAUGUAGAACAGCUUAGACAACAAAAACAUACUUUAAUAAAUGAAAUAAGAGCAUUGGAAGAAAAAGUAGACUUAUUUGAAUCAAGACAUCCUCACACUAGAUUUGAAUAUAAAAAACCUGAUCCCAAUUUUAAUCCCAAUUCUGUAAAGGGAGUAGUGUCUAAAUUAAUUACAGUUAAAGAUAAAAGGGCAGCAUACGCGUUAGAGAUUGCUGCAGGAGGAAAACUGUAUAAUGUGAUAGUAGAUACAGAAACCACUAGCAAAAAAUUACUACAACGUGGACAGUUGCAAAAGCGUGUUACUAUUAUUCCUUUAAAUAAAGUAGGUGGAAGAACAAUGGAUAAUCAAAUAGUUAAUUUGGCACAAAAAUUAGGUGGCGCGGAAAACGUUCAAUUAGCAUUGUCUCUCAUAGAUUUUCCAGAACAUACGCGAACAGCUAUGACUUGGAUUUUUGGACAAAUUUUUAUUUGUAAUGAUAUUGGAACUGCUAAAAAAAUUGCAUUUCAUCCGAAUAUCAUGAGAAAAUGUGUUACUUUAGAAGGAGAUGUUGUGGAUCCUGCUGGUACUCUGUCUGGAGGUGCGCAAUCAAAGACUGGAUCAGUUCUCUUAAAAUUAGAAGAAUUAAAAACUAUUCAAAACGAAUUAAAUAUCAAAAUAAAAAAUCUCCAAAGUAUCGAGACUACUCUACAAAAUAUCAAUAGUGUUGCAGAAAAAUAUACGUCACUGAAGCAAACAUUCGAUUUACGAAAUUAUGAAAUUAGUAUGGUGAAACAACGAUUGGAACAAACAGUAUAUUAUAAAUUAAAGGAAGAGAUUCAUCAACUAGAAAUAAGUAUCGAGGAACUUUUACAAAAAAUGAAAGUAGCAGAAAAGAAUGCAAAAGAGAAUACGAAUCUUGCGAAAGAACUGGAAAAUCAGUUGAAAGAUGCAGUUAAUAUUCGUGAGAAACAACUGAACGAAGCUACAGCUCGACUAGAAAAAAUGAAAAAGAAGGCUGAAAAUAGUCGCAAAGAGUGGCAAAAACGGGAACAGGAAGCAGAAACGCUUCAAUUAGAAAUUGAAGAGUUGCGGAAAUGUAUUGAAACUGGUAAAGAACAGUUGUUAACAUCGGAAGAAAAAUUAAAAACGCUACAAGAAACAGCAAAUCAGUUAGAACAACAAUUAAAAGAAGCCAAGGAUAAUGUAGCACAGAUUCAGGCUAAUAUAAGGGAACGGAAAAAUAUUAUUAAUAAACAGAACGCUCAUAUGCAAAAGCUUGUAACAAAAAAAGAAGACAUCAUAAAACAGAACAAAGAGGCAGAGUUGGACAUUAAAAAGUUAAACCAUGAAAUUAACGCAAUUAAAAAUUGUGCUAUAGAUUGUAAACACAAAGUCUCGGAACUUGUACGAAAAUACCAAUGGAUUGAACAAGAUAAAAUUUAUUUUGGAAAAGCGGGUGGUAUUUACGACUUCAGUGUUAAUAAACCCAAUGAAGUGGAACAAAAAGUACAUCGACUACAAAUAUCACGAGAACAAUUGAGUCGACAUAUUAAUACGCGUGCUAUUAGUUUGUUCGAUAAAGAGGAAGAACAAUAUAAUGAAAUGAUGAAAAAAAAGAAAAUAGUUGAAAAUGAUAAACGAAAAAUAUUGGAAACAAUUAAACAUUUAGAUGAAAAGAAAAAAGAGACAUUGCUCAAAGCUUGGCAACAAGUAAACAAAGAUUUUGGAUCGAUAUUUAGUAGUUUGUUACCAGGAGCUAAUGCAAAAUUACAACCCCCAGAAAAUCAAUCAGUCAUGCAAGGUCUAGAAGUAAAAAUCGGAUUUUCCGGAAUUUGGAAAGAAUCGCUAGCAGAAUUAUCUGGAGGACAGAGAUCUUUAGUAGCUUUAUCUUUAAUUUUAGCUAUGCUUUUAUUUAAACCCGCACCUCUGUAUAUUUUGGACGAAGUUGACGCCGCUUUGGAUCUUUCGCAUACGGAGAAUAUUGGUAUAAUGUUAAAAAGACAUUUUAAACAUUCACAAUUUAUUGUUGUAUCAUUAAAGGAUGGAAUGUUUAACAAUGCUAAUGUAAUAUUUACAACUAAGUUUGUUGAUGGAAUGUCAACAAUAUCUAGAAGUGAAAGAAUAAGAAGUAAGUAGAUCUAUAUGUAAGAUUACAUACAUUCAUUUGUAUAAGUUUCGAAGUAAAAUUGCAGAAAAAGUUAAAAUUUA